AUGGGGUGCGGUGGAUCGAAAGAGGACUCGUCGGCCAAGCUGCGCAACGAGGCGAUCGACGCCCAGUUGAAGAAGGACAGGAUGAUGAUGAGGUACGUCGAUCUUCCUACUGCGUCGGUCAGGGGGACCAGGAACGACUUCGGUCUUUGUUCCGUGGGUUGGCCAAGUGGGUGUACGAGCUGUGGUGGUCGUGUUGCGGUCGAGGUGUUCGUGGCGUGGUCGCCCUGUCGUUCCCUCUCUCGGGCGGGGCAAGGCGCGAUCAGCCUCCCUUGUCUGCGCCGGCUCGCGCUGGCCCACGCGGAGAAUGUGCUCCUCCGUUAUGAAGUGCUCGAAACGCACAGCAGCGCCGCCGCCUCCGCCUGGCACACAUGGAAGACAUCACUUGAAGACUGCGAGACUAUCAGUUGACUGACCUUGCACCCACUCUGUCACCGCCCUCCAGGAAUGAGAUGUGAGUGUUGCCGUCCGCCGCGUGUGCUCAGGCCCCUCCCGGUCGUCGAGCCCGGCGACUGGUUCGGCCCAGCCCUCGAUCUUGGCAGUCGCAAGGGGCUACUCCAGCAGCCCGAACUCGCCCGAAGGCGGCUACGGACGGGUCUUGGGACGGCCAUUCCCGAUUGCUCAACAAACAUUGAGGCCUCUGUACUGACCUGUGAGCGAGUCUUCCGACCCACUAGCAAAAUGCUGCUGCUCGGUGCAGGCGAAUCGGGCAAGUCGACGAUCCUCAAGCAGAUGAAGCUCAUUCACCAGGGAACCUACUCGGACAAGGAGCGGGAGAGUUACAAGGAGAUCAUUUACAGCAACACGGUUCAGUCGAUGCAUGUGAGUAGCACCACGAUCCACGAGUACCACGCUCCACGGAUUCAAGCGUCAUACUCUUCCGGAACCUGCGUUGGCUCCACCAGUUGGAACCGUCGAUCUCCUGAAUCGAUGUCUCGUUGCCAGCCCCCGAGUCCCGAGUCCAAUUAUUUCCAUUUAUAGCGCAUGGUCAUCUGACUCGGAACGAUUUUGCUCGCGUUUCUCUGUUGCACAGGUCAUCUUGGACGCGAUGGCCUCGAUGGGGAUCCCUUUGUCAUCAUCCUCGAGCGCACGGUACUCGGAGGUGAUCAUGACGCAACCGCACCAAAUCGAGGCCGACUACCUCGACACGGGAGUGACAGAGGCCAUUAUGGAGCUGUGGAGGGACGCGGGCGUGCAGGAAUGCUUUGGGAGGAGUCGGGAGUACCAGUUGAACGAUUCGGCUCAAUAGUCAGUCUUCCCACACGCCCCGCGGUUUUCUCUUCGAACGCGUCUGUUCGGAUACUGACUGUGAUGUUUGGGUGUUCAGCUACUUUGAUUCAAUCGCACGAAUAGGGUCGAGAAACUACAUGCCUUCGGACCAAGGUAGGUUCAGGCGCAGGUGCAUGCCCAUCGAAAGAAGAUUGGAACUGACCUUGGAUGAGCGCGCUUGCUUCGAUGCUGUCUCAAGAUGUGCUGCGAUCCCGUGUCAAGACGACAGGUAUUACAGAAACAAACUUUGAGAUUGGAGAGCUCAAGUACCGCAUGUUCGACGUUGGAGGGCAGCGGUCCGAACGGAAAAAGUGGAUCCACUGCUUCGAGAAUGUCACCGCGAUCGUGUUCCUCGUCGCGAUUUCGGAGUACGAUCAGAUGCUCUAUGAAGAUGGUGAGUUUUAGCUGCUGUAGUUUGGCUUGUUGUUCAAGGUACUGACAUCCUGUGGUUAUCGCAGAAUCGAUCAACCGAAUGCAGGAAGCGUUAGUGCUCUUUGACUCGAUCUGCAACUCGCGCUGGUUCGUACGGACAUCUAUCAUCCUCUUCUUGAACAAGGUGGGUUUUCGCUCCUCCUCACUCUCGAGCGACUCCCGAAUCUCGUCAACUAACAAUUCACCCGCUACAAAAUAGAUCGAUCUAUUCCGAGAGAAGCUGCCGCGAUCGCCGAUCGCCAACUUUUUCCCCGACUACACCGGUGGGGCCGACUUGCAAGCUGCGUGCGACUACUUUAGCAGUCGAUUCGUCGGCUUGAACCAGAGCUCCGCAAAACAGAUUUACGUGAGUACACUCUGUCUUGAUCAGUUACCUUGGGUCGGGUGAGCUGACGAGCUUCCACCCAUAUUCACUCGAAACAGACACAUUUCACCUGCGCGACCGACACAAACCAAAUCAAGUUCGUGCUCUCGGCCGUGAACGAUAUCGUCAUCCAAGUCAACCUCCGUGACUGUGGUCUGCUAUAA